CUUCUCCGCCGGGUGCGCAGGUACUCGGUAGCGCUUGAACCCUGCAGGUUAGCGCCGCAGCAAAACCCGGCAAGAUGGAGGAAGCAUGUGAAGAUAUAGAUCAGAUGUUCAGUGACUUAUUGGGGGAAAUGGAUUUGCUAACACAGAGUUUAGAAGUGGAAGCCAUGCCUACCCCACCCCAAAAGUUACCUGAUGCUGAGUUUAAUUUUGCAGUUGGUUUCAAAGAUUUAAAUGAAUCCUUGAAUGCAUUGGAAGAUACUGAUUUAGAUACUUUAAUGGCCGAUCUUAUAGCAGACAUCAGUGAAGUAGAAAAGACCACAUUCCAAGAACCGAAGGAUAGCUCUUACUAUGAGCAAGCUGCCAUGACUCAGCCACCAGCAAAGCCUACCCCUAUUUGUGGAAAUCAAUCAAUACUAAAUAAUACUACCCCACUUGCUAAGAAUGAGUUACCAGUUCCCUCUGCAGAAACGCCAUUGCUGCCACCACCACCAGCUCCAGCCAUCCCUCUCGAACCACUCACUCAGGAAGAACAAGAGGUGGAAGCAAAAGCGGUCAAGAUUAAACUGGCUUUAGAAAAACUAAAGGAAGCGAAGGUUAAAAAGCUUGUUGUCAAGGUGCACAUGAAUGAUAACAGCACAAAGUCUCUGAUGGUGGAUGAACGGCAAGUGGCGCGUGAUGUCUUAGACAAUCUCUUUGAAAAAACCCACUGCGAUUGCAAUAUAAACUGGUGCCUUUAUGAAAUAUAUCCAGAGCUACAAAUUGAAAGAUUUUUUGAAGACCAUGAAAAUGUGAUUGAAGUGUUAUCUGUUUGGACUCGAGACACUGAAAAUAAGAUGUUAUUCUUGGAGAAAGAUGAAAAAUAUGCUGUAUUUAAAAACCCCCAGAAUUUCUACUUGUCAAACAAAGGAAAAAAUGAAAGCAAGGAAAUGAAUGAGAAAAGCAAAGAAGCAUUACUGGAGGAAAGCUUCUGUGGGACAUCUGUUAUCGUGCCAGAAGUUGAAGGUGCCCUUUAUUUAAAGGAAGAUGGAAAGAAGUCCUGGAAGAGGCGCUACUUUCUUCUACGAGCUUCAGGCAUUUAUUAUGUCCCCAAAGGGAAGACCAAGACAUCCCGAGACUUGGCUUGCUUCAUACAGUUUGAGAAUGUAAAUGUUUAUUAUGGCAUUCAGUACAAAAUGAAGUAUAAGUCUCCUACAGACUACUGUUUUGUCUUAAAGCAUCCUCAAAUACAGAAAGAGUCACAGUAUAUCAAAUACUUGUGCUGUGAUGACAAGCAAACUCUACAUCAUUGGGUAACUGGUAUCAGAAUUGCAAAGUAUGGGAAGGCCUUGUAUGAUAACUACAUUGGGGCAGUACAGAAGGCUGAGUUAGCUUCACAUUUGGCAAAGUCAAGGAAUACCAAAUCCAUAGCUUCUGGGGGAUCAUCUUCAAAAGGUAGCACUCAUGCAAAUGGACAAAUCCUCCAGAAUGUAACCCUUAAUACAGCAAACACUGCAGGGACUGAAAGAUCUGCUGAUAUGCCAAAGGUGCAAGUUAAU